AGAAAUUUUGAGACAGCGAGGACAAUUUCUUGUGUUACCUUUCACGGCAAGUGAUAGUGGAUCACCCAGUCCUCGGAGUCCGAGAAGCCCUGGCAGUGUUAGCAGCUACAGCAAUGGUGGCAGUCCACAUCCAGUUGGAGUACCCUGGGGAGAUUUCUCUGCCACUGGGAACUUUAAAUUCCCAAAUAUGCCACACAAGUAUUCUAGCAAUGGCAGAGUGAAGAAAAAGCCACCUGCUACGGAAGGAAUCGCGAAAUCUCCUGGUAGUGGUUCUCCUUCCCCCAUGCAGGAUGAUUUGUACUCACCUCAGCACCCUGGGUCCCCAUUUCCUGAUGCUUUUUUAAGCUCUACCUCUUGUACUUCUGCACCCCUGUCCCCGCCCUUGCUGGACUUGGGUGUAGACAUACAAGCGGAGCUUGAAAGAGAGGCUCCAGACCUAGACUUCGCACUUCUUGAUCCACAAGAUUUAACAUUAAAUGAUCUUCAUCUUGAACCACUGGAGAAUGUUAACGGCAGUGAUCUUUUGGCUAUGAAUCCACCAACUUAUGAAGAGGCCUUGUUGCUUGCUACAGGUUGUCUUUCACUUAGUGGUGACAACAACAGUCUGACAAGUCCCGAUGGAAGUCAGCCCUCAUUAUCUCAAAGCCCUCCAAAGAAUCUCGAACACUUUUCACCAACACCCCAAAUGGGCCCAUCACCUUAUCCAUCACCAGGACAUCCUACAUCGCAUAAUUCACCCAGUGGUUUACCAACUCCUGACCCAUCCCCUGUGGGGCAUUGUAAUCCAUCAACAGCCAGAGUCAACAUCUCCUGGCAGGGGAUGGGCCAGAUGAAAGUGUCCACUCAGCCUCUGCAACAUUGCCAGCCUCAACCAUCGCCACAAGUGCAUUCAAAGUCGGCACUUAUUUCUACAACAAUAAAAAAGAAAGAGAGGCUUGAGAUGUAUGGUUCAAGUUGUGUCACAGGUCAACCUGCUAACCCUAUGACAAGUCCCAGGGGAAUGCAAAAUGUUCAUGGAAACUGGAUGCAGCAGAAUCAACCACAAGUUCCCAGAAACAUGCCGCAACAAGCCUAUGACUGGAAAGCAGCACAAGCAAUGCAACACAGCGCAAUGCAGAAUUUUUCUGGGGACAGAACUGCCACAGCCAUGGCCCAGGAAAACCCUGUUUAUGCAACAAAUAUGCAAGGAGGAAAGUGGGACAAUGUAACGGUCCCUCCUCUCUUUGAGGACACUCUGCCAACUCUCGAUUUUGAUGGUGGUGUAGGAUACAUGAAAACAGGACAAAACAUUGGAGGAGGUCAUCUUCAACAUCACAACUGGGAGCCACCUGUGGACAUUUUAUCGCCACCUUACCAAGAGGACUUUCAUCCAGGAUUUGGAUUUCAAGGAAAUCCUCUCCCUGCUACAACAACGCAAGGUCAAACAACCCUUGGAUGGGGAUAAGAGAGGUGCAAGGUAGCAUUAAAGUAAAUACUGUCCAUAGAUUCAACAGCCAGGGUAGAGUUUCAGUCAAACCUACCAGUGGGCAUUAGGGCAGUAAAGCCUGCAUUGAUUUGAUCCCCAAGUUUUCACAGUUUGUAUUGACAGAAGGGCAAAUUGAACUGACUUCAGAGCUUUAGAGUUGACGAAGUAUGUUUCGUGGAUAGAUGCAUUCCAGAUUUUUAGGUGUUUUGUUCAUGGAAAACAACUUCUUAACACAAUGGCGAUGGCAUUAGAGUGUCAUCUUACCAAAUAUUUAAAGAGAAUGAGCAGUUUUGUACAUUUUCUCAGUAGGGUUAUAAGUAUGUUAAAUGGUACUUUCAAUCAGGUUAUAGGAGCCGAGUGCAUUCAUGGUAUCAGUUAUUUCAUUGGCUCAAAAUGUUAUACCCUGAAUGCCAAUUUAGCAGUUUUCAUCUGAAAACAACUAUUUUGCUUAAGUGUAUUUGUUGGUGUAGCUCGAUUUGAGGUACAACUUUUAGCCAAGUAACCAUAAUUACCCAUUUCAUUGCACUUGCAACAGUAGGAAAUCUUAGUCUGGUCAGUUCAAAUUUUAACGUGAAAAAUUUAAAAAUCUCUCAUAUAGUGAUAGAGUGAAAAGUAAGGAAAAGUUCAAAAAGGUAUGUGACUUAAGUUUCUAAAAUUGAUCGUUUUAAGAAAUGAGCCUCAUUGUAAGCUGUGUUCGUUAGUUUACCAAGUGAGCAUGUAAAGACCUUUCCCAGCAACUGGUUUUUGGUGUCACUGUUGAGAUUUGAGAGGCACAUUGCUCAAAUGGCAAGUGCAUUGGCUCUGGAUCCAGCUGUCCAAGUUCAAUUGCUUGCCUGGGUCAUUGUGUUGUGUUCUUGGGCAAGACGCUUUACUCUUGCAGUGCCUUUUUCCAACCUGGGAUGUGAGGUAGUCACAUUGGGGGAGGGGGCUAGGAAUUCUGUGGGGGGCAAAAGGGAAUCCUCUCCAGGGGGUAUAGAAAUUCCUUGGGGGCACUUGGUGGAACAAAAAACAAACUAAGCUCUAACAGUAUGUGCAAAGUGUGUACCUUUUUGCAAAGAUUUGAGACUUGAAAGCUCAGAGCUGGUUAUUGUACAACUCGAUUCAUGUGAUGUUCUUGUGAGGCUUUUUCUUAAUUUGAUCAAAUUUGAGGACUUUUGCCCUGUCCCCUUUGAAUAUCAGUCAGUGUUGUCUCUGCUUAGAAGAGUAUUGAUUGAAACUAUGAAAUAAAUCUGAGGAUUGUCUAAGAAGGAUAAUUAAGCAAAAAAGGAUGUACUUUAACCACGCUGAGUCUUUUUCCAGUCAUACUUCCAUAUGCGUCCCAUUUGCCUUGUACAUAGAUCAAGGGAAAUCAUUCAGUUUGUACAGUUUCUUUUUUUAUCCACAUUUGGUUCAGUCCUUUGUACUUAACCUAAGACUUCAUGCUUUUUUGC